AUGGUCGAUUUCACCGUUCCCGUGUACGAGAAGCUGGCUUCUUGGAACCAGAAUGCUCCUCGCGAAUACAUUAGCGCUUGCCUUUGUUUCCCUUACGACAACGUCCAUCCUCGCUCCGGGGUCAUGCAACACCUCCAGGCCGCCGUGUCUCGAUUACAGAAAAAGCAACCAACCAUUGCCUCAGAGAUUCAUCUAGAUAGACAGUCAGGGAUGCUGUAUCUGGCAUAUAAUCCUCCGAAUUGUUUCGAAACCGAGUCCUCAGUGGUCACCGUAGAGGAGCGUCCUGUUGAUUCUCUGGGUGAUGAUUUCCCUCGUGCCUACCAAGAACUGCGAGGUCUACAGUGGCCACCGGGGUUUUUCUUGGAUAAGCACCGCGUUCUUGGGCUGGGCGACCUCGACAGCUUCCCUCGUGCCAGGGCCUUUCGCCUGCAGGUCACCUUUCUGGAGGACGGUUUGCUCCUGUGGAUGCAUCUCCACCACUCCAUUGGUGAUGCCGCAUGCCUAAGUGCCGUCCUGGUCAGCAUCGCUGCGGAAACCUGCGGGGUCCACGACUCACUGUCCCCGCCCAUGACGCCCUUCCAGCCAGCGAAAUUGACAGCUUCUAUCGCGCCUGACAUUUCCUGGCCUGAUCUGGUCACCUCGUGCCCUGAGCUCGGCCUCUUUCCAGAGAACACGCUCUUCGACAGAGUCGCCACACCUCUGCCUCGGCUCAACCCCCCUACCCCGGCCGCCCGGCCUUACACGAGCGCCAUAUUCGUGAUCAAGGUCGACGUGCUGAAGAAUAUCGGUGAGAUGAUCCGCCUCGUGAGCCAUGUCGACGCACCCCCCUCGGUCUUCGUCGUCUUGUCGGCCCUGACGUGGGCCUACAUCACUCGUGCGCGGUACAAGCACGAAGUGGCAUAUACCAUGGCCACGCCCGAGGUCGCGACGCUGGGUCUGAUCAUGCAAUGGCGGCAACAUGCCUUACAGGAAGAGGCGGCACCAUACUUUGGCAAUGCGUCAGCUGACGUGAUUACAAGAGUCCCGCGGGAUGUCCUCCUCAGAAUUCCUGGACACCCUAGCACGCCCGGCGGUCUGCCGGCUUGGGUACCUGCCGUGACGAAAUCAAUACAGAUGGCCUGUAAACACGUAGUUGAGCCCUUUGUUGCCGUGAGAACGGCCAUGAUGGACAAGGCAGUGAGGGAGGGGAGGGUCUUGGGACGCACGACCUCCCCCAUCUAUGCUGGCGAUCUUGAGAUGGACUCAUGGCGGAAUUUAGGGGCGCACGCCCGGUGGGGGAUUCCUGGGGUAGGUGUUGCCGAAGCUGAUCGGGUGCGCAUCGUAGCUGGGAACGUGGGCGGUGGUAAAGGGGCGCUCGUUCUGCCAGCGAAGCACGACGCGAAGUAUCUUGAGCUCUUGGUGACCCUUGCCGAAGGGUCGAUGAAGAAACUGACGGCGUGCCGGGAAUGGAUGAUCCUCGUAGACAGGGUAAUCAGGGCAAACGGGCAAACCUAA